UUUGAUUCUGCUGUUUUUAGAGCAGGUUGGAAACGAGCACUAAAGAAAGCCUUGCACUUACUAAAGCUUAAUGCCACAGCUUCUUUUUUUUGCCAAUGAAUUUUGUUUAAAGCCUAUCAUAUAUUUAAAAUAUAGCAUCACUGGCACAACCAGGACAGACAGUUCAGUAAGGUUUUGGAGCUGUGUGGGACUACAUCUGUCUUGUAUGCACGCUAUUCAGCCCUAAUGGACAAAGAGAAUCAACAUGUUUAUGGAUUUCAUCGGCGAUUUUUUCAGCAUUAAUAUGAGAGCAUACAUGAAAGAAGAGCGUGAGAAAGAACUUGGCACAAUUAGCAUGAUUUCAGAGACCCUCGACCCACGUCUCUUAAUGGUGCAAGACACAACAUCUACCACUUUGCCAACUUCCAAUGUGAUGGAGAAUGAUACAAGAUGCGGGGAACAGAUUCUGCGCCAUGGCAGCGUGGAGAAGGUGUUGAUAGGGGCAAUUCUCACUAUGCUAACUUUUCUGACGAUCUGCGGAAACUUGCUGGUGGUCAUAUCUGUGUGUUUUGUAAAGAAGCUGCGACAGCCCUCUAAUUAUCUGAUCGUGUCCCUUGCUGUCGCAGAUUUGUCUGUGGCACUGGCCGUGAUGCCGUUUGUCAGUAUUACAGACCUUAUAGGCGGACAGUGGAUUUUCGGUCAAGUCUUUUGCAACGUUUUCAUUGCCAUGGAUGUGAUGUGCUGUACAGCUUCUAUCAUGACCCUCUGUGUAAUCAGUAUCGACAGGUACCUUGGCAUUACUAAGCCCUUGACUUACCCUGUAAGACAGAGUGGGAAAUGUAUGGCCAAGAUAAUCCUGUCCGUUUGGCUUUUAUCGGCUUCCAUUACUCUGCCCCCUUUGUUUGGCUGGGCACAGAACGUGAAUGACGACAAGGUGUGUUUAAUCAGUCAAGAUUUUGGCUACACAAUUUAUUCCACCGCAGUUGCGUUCUACAUCCCUAUUUCAGUGAUGCUAAUCAUGUACUAUAGAAUAUACCGAGCCGCCAAGGUGAGCGCGGCGAAGCACACCAUCGCCGGCUUCCCACGGGCGGAGGAGGACGAGAACGUGGACUGUGUCACUGCGGCCCUGAAACUACAGCGAGAAGUGGAGGAGUGCACUAGUUUUUCCCGUCUUUUGAAGAACGACAGGAAGAACAUUUCUAUUUUCAAGCGGGAGCAGAAGGCGGCGACCACGCUGGGGAUAGUUGUGGGGGCCUUCAGCGUCUGCUGGUUGCCUUUCUUCCUGCUCUCCACAGCCCGGCCAUUCAUAUGCGGCGUGGAGUGUAGCUGCAUUCCCUUCUGGGUGGAGAGGACCCUGCUAUGGCUGGGCUACGCCAACUCUCUCAUCAACCCAUUAAUUUACGCGUUCUUUAACCGGGACCUCAGGACCACCUACCGUAACCUGCUCCGAUGCAAGUACAGGAACAUAAACCGCAAGCUUUCAGCUGCCAGCAUGCAGGAGGCGCUCAAGCUUGCUGAAAGACCAGACCUGGUACUGUAGAUAAGUGUUUGUAAUUGUGCCCCAAAGGGAAAAAUUCAAGAACCCAAAACUAGGCCACGUUUAAAUGUUCAGCCUUCAUUUUUUAGAAGUUACAUCACAGACUUGAAUUAAAUGAACAAGACGCUCAUUUUGCAAUUUUACAACCCUGAUGGUACAACUGAAAACAAAGUUGUUUAAUUUUUUAAUUUUGUUUGAUAAGCUAAAUUAUGUAUAUACUGUAUGAUAUAACCUGCAUUUCUUGUAAAUCUAUGUAGAGCGAUGUCAGCUAUUUCAUCAUUGUUAUAUAACAUGGGACCUCUAUGAAACUGAAACUCAUAAAUGAGACCUGACCUAUAACUGACCAUUCCAGAGGAGUUAUCAUGAAGAUAAGCAAUCAUAUUACUCUCUGAAUACACAGUUGAACCUGAUCAAUAGCUUAGAAGGUCAUCUGCUUUUCAGGUUGCAAUGAUAAACUACAGCCAGCCAUGCAAUCCUUGGGUAGACAUCUUAAGUUGUCAUAAUAAAAUAUGGUCACUGCGAAAUGUGUAGGCUUUUAUUUAUUGAUUUUUAAAAACUUAUUAUUAUGCAUUAUUUUAGUAAUAUAUGAAACUUCCCAACAAAAGGAGUAUUUAUGGGCCAAAGAGAAAUUGAAUAUUGAUAGAGAUUCUUGCUUUUUAAUUGUAAUGCAUAUAUUUCAUAUUUAUAAUUAUUAUAGCCAAAAAACACAUUGAACAGUGAAGUAUUUUACUCAGGAGCAAACACAAGACUGCAUGCAAGGACAAACGUGGAUUUAUAUACUACUUAUUGGCUAUUAACUGUACCCUAGUAUCCAGUUAUAAAUCAAAUAUUAAAAAUAUCAUAAGACCACACAAAUAGAUAUCUAGUAAUAAAGCAUUUUCAAAUAUGUGUUGUUAUGCGUACAUGUGUUUUGUUGUUAUUAUUACAAAUAUGAAGACUUCAAACAAGAGGGGUUGAACAUUCUAUUAAUAUUGCAUUUAAUUGAGGAGCUAUUGAAAUUAUUCUGAAUGCUUAUUCCAUUCGCAUGAACUUGAAGUGUGCAGGUAGUUAUUCAUUUGUAAUAUCAGUCACUGGUAAGCAAAUAUGAUUAAAAAUGAAUACGUUUGAGAGAAAUUGGUAUGUAAAAGCAAAAACAUUUGAAUUGAAAGGAAUGUAUUUUGGGUGGAUUUGUUGACAUGUUAUACUUGUAGUUUGUGCCUCAAAUUGUCUUACAAUAGCUCUUACCACAUAUUAUGUUGUUCCAAUUGUAGGCGUAAGAACAGUUUGUUUUUCAAAGGUCUCAUAAUUCAACAAAAAAUGUAAUACACUACUAUCCAUUUAUUGGACCAUGUGGUUGCUAGCUCCAAGAGAAUGAGACUGUUCAUGUUUAUGUCGUGAUUAGGUCAAAUACCAAGCUGUUUUAAACUGUCAUUUUCAAUGCAAUGUUUUACAGUGUAUGCAUGCAACAAGCUUAUUUGUAACAGACAUUCUGAAUCCACAUAUUCAGAAUUUUCAAAUAUUCACAAUGUUGCCUGCAUGCAAACCUGGUCACUGUUGGACAUGUUCAAUAUAUUGUGCUGUAAUAUUAAAUGGAUUGCUAUUUAAAGACUAUUCAUUACUAAAGAAUGCAUAGGUUUCCACUGUGUGUUUAGCAAAUUUACUUAUGACAUGUUUGCUUGUCACAGGAAAUGCCAUUUAGAGCCUUAUAACUUGUUAGUUUUAGGUUCAAAUCCUGAACUCCUCCAAAAGGAAAUAAUUAACCUUGCAGUUCAUUUGAAUUACAUCCUGAGCGUAAAAUGUGAGGUAUAUUGGUCUAAACCACGAAUUAGAUGUUCUCGAGUGAUAUACAUAGGUCUUCAGUGGAAUAGGAGCUGGUAGUUUUCAGAAGCUAAACAAUACCAUCAUGCUAUACCAGUUGAGCACUCUGUCUGUUAAUAUUAUAUCUGGAAUAAUUAAAUAGGGAGUAUUUAUGUUGAAUUCAACCAGUAACCGUAUAUUUUACUUAUCAUUAAACUGACAGCAAAACAGAAGUAUCUGUAAUGUAUGACCAGCUGUAUUUUGUGUAU